AUGCGGCGAUGCUCAGCAGGUUCCUUGACGGUCCUGGCGCUGGUUUGCUACCUGGGAGGCAACUGGCUCUUUGCAUCUCCAUCAAGAGGGCAAGUGACUCGACGAGCUGCUGACCCCGCGAAGCCGCGAGACCUGGAACCUCAGCUUAGCCCGGAAGAUGUCUACGAGAUGCCCCGGUCCCCUGAGGAUGAGAAGAACAUGCAAUUCUGGUCGAGUGACUUUGACAGCCUGCCGGCCGAGGAGAAGCUGCAAAGCCCCCUAGUGGUCAUUGGACUGGCGCUCUUGGUCUUGCCCUUCGCAUGGGGGGUCUUCUUCCUGGUGACCGGCGGCGGGCUUGAUGAGUGA